UGCCAGGGGAAUCAGGCCAGCAACUAUCUUGGGCCUGGGCAGGGACUGGAAUCUUCCUAGGCUGGGCCCCAGGGACAUUAACUCUUUGUGAGUCCUUGGAAGAGAGCAGUGAUGGUCAACAUGUCAGUACCAGCCAUCUGCCUCGUGCCCUGGGUUGACCUGGGUUCAGGGGAGGACCCUGACAUCUGGGCAGAAAGACCCCACCCCCUGAAGAAAGAGCAAAAAGAUUUCUUGCAUCUUUCGUCCUAUGUGGCUCUCAGAACAUUAAUUAAAUCCAGGAGAGCUUUAGGAAUUGGGUGCACAGUGCCUGCCACUAAGGAGGAGAAAAUGUGCUGUGGAAACGUGCAAACCGUUCAUGAGGGUCUCAGCGAGGCCUCUUCAUGCCCUAGACACCAUUAGCUCCCCUUCCCCAGCUCGUUCCCAACCAGGACCCUCAGCUGUCCUCUCAGACCCCCCCGCAACAGCUGAAGUGUGCGGGGGAGGGGACUAGGGGUCCGGGCGGCACCGGUCACAUCCUUGUUGCGCGCACUCAGGGCCCCCACUCCCCGCCCCUCCCCCGCAGAGGCUCGGCACUAUUUUGGGUGGUGUCGACCCCGCCCCCACCUCCUAUUGAGCCCUAGCUCUCCCGGCAGCUGGAGGGGUCGCGCUGUGUCUGUUGGGGCUGCACCUCGGACCAGGGCUUCCGCUGCGUCUGCAGCCAUGUCGGGCCGCUCAGUGCCACAUGCCCACCCAGCCACCGCCGAGUACGAAUUUGCCAACCCGAGCCGCCUGGGUGAGCAGCGCUUUGGAGAAGGCCUCCUGCCGGAAGAGAUCCUGACCCCCACACUCUACCAUGGCUACUAUGUCCGGCCUCGCGCUGCCCCAGCUGGGGAGGGCAGCAGGGCAGGGGCCUCCGAGCUUAGGCUCAGUGAGGGCAAGUUCCAGGCAUUUCUGGAUGUGAGCCACUUUACCCCAGACGAGGUAACUGUGAGGACUGUAGAUAACCUGCUGGAGGUGUCUGCCCGGCACCCCCAGCGCCUGGACCGCCACGGCUUCGUGUCCCGAGAGUUCUGCCGCACCUAUGUCCUGCCUGCUGAUGUAGACCCCUGGCGGGUCAGAGCUGCUCUCUCCCAUGAUGGCAUCUUAAACCUGGAAGCGCCUCGGGGUGGCCGACAUUUGGACACAGAGGUCAAUGAGGUCUACAUCUCCCUGCUCCCUGCGCCUCCUGAUCCAGAGGAAGAGGAGGAGGCAGCCAGAGUUGAGCCCUGAUUGCCACAGACCCAGCACCAGCAAAUCCCUCUCUACCUCCCACGUUGAUAUGGGCAGCUGCCCACCACUCUAGAGGUAGCAGCAUCCUGAAGGGAAAGGUGCAUGGUACCCAAUGUAUGGUUUGGUCCCAUGGGACAUGUCAUAGCCUUGGUUUAGUUUUGGGUGGAGGUGAAUAAACCCAAAUCUCAGGGC